GUGUUCCUAUGGUAACUCUACCUCGUAGACGUGGAUUACGGCGGCUCCUCGUCGGCGUCACUUCCUGCAGCAGGUGUCCGCCAUCUUUGCGGUGAAGUGCAGAGAGGAGGAGGAGGAGUCCGGUCUACACACUAAACAUCCUCGUCAUCCGAGCAGCCCAAGCCCCGGGACAGGACACCGCGUCCUCCGCUCAGCUAGGUGUGAAAGCCCAGAGCAAACAUGACGGACUCAAAGUAUUUCACAACCACCAAGAAAGGUGAGAUCUUUGAGCUAAAAGCAGAACUGAACAGCGACAAGAAGGAGAAGAAGAAGGAGGCUGUAAAGAAAGUCAUUGCCUCUAUGACUGUGGGGAAGGAUGUCAGUGCCCUGUUCCCUGAUGUUGUGAACUGCAUGCAGACAGAUAACUUGGAGCUGAAGAAGCUGGUUUAUUUGUACUUGAUGAACUAUGCUAAAAGCCAGCCUGACAUGGCCAUCAUGGCUGUAAACACUUUUGUAAAGGACUGUGAAGACCCCAACCCUUUAAUCCGUGCUUUAGCUGUACGCACUAUGGGUUGUAUACGUGUGGACAAAAUCACAGAGUAUCUUUGUGAACCACUUCGUAAGUGCCUGAAAGAUGAGGACCCAUAUGUGCGCAAGACAGCAGCAGUGUGUGUAGCCAAGCUGCAUGACAUCAAUGCUCAGCUAGUGGAAGACCAGGGUUUUCUGGACACAUUGAAAGAUCUGAUCUCUGAUUCUAAUCCAAUGGUUGUGGCUAAUGCAGUAGCAGCUCUCUCAGAGAUUGCUGAAUCUCACCCAAGUAGUAACUUAUUGGAUCUGAAUCCUCAGUCAAUCAACAAGCUGCUGACUGCUCUAAAUGAAUGUACUGAAUGGGGUCAGAUCUUUAUCUUGGACUGUUUGGCAAACUAUAUCCCCAAGGAUGAUCGUGAAGCUCAGAGUGUAUGUGAACGAGUAACACCACGUCUUUCGCAUGCAAAUUCAGCGGUUGUGCUUUCAGCAGUGAAGGUGCUGAUGAAAUUGAUGGAGAUGCUGUCUAAAGAUUUAGACUAUUAUGGGACGUUAUUGAAGAAACUGGCCCCUCCUUUAGUCACACUGCUUUCUGCUGAGCCUGAAUUGCAGUAUGUGGCAUUGCGUAACAUUAACCUCAUUGUGCAGAAACGACCAGAGAUCCUGAAGCAUGAGAUGAAAGUUUUCUUUGUUAAAUAUAAUGACCCGAUUUAUGUAAAACUGGAAAAGCUUGAUAUCAUGAUCAGACUGGCAUCGCCUGCAAAUAUUGCACAGGUUCUUGCAGAAUUAAAGGAAUAUGCUACUGAAGUGGAUGUGGACUUUGUAAGGAAAGCUGUAAGAGCAAUUGGACGCUGUGCCAUUAAAGUUGAGCAAUCUGCAGAACGCUGUGUUAGUACACUACUUGAUCUUAUUCAGACCAAGGUGAAUUAUGUGGUCCAAGAAGCUAUCGUAGUGAUAAAGGACAUUUUCAGGAAGUAUCCAAACAAAUAUGAAAGUGUUAUCUCUACAUUAUGUGAGAACCUGGACUCAUUGGAUGAGCCAGAGGCAAGAGCAGCCAUGAUCUGGAUUGUGGGGGAGUAUGCCGAGCGCAUUGACAAUGCCGAUGAGCUGCUGGAAAGUUUCUUGGAGGGUUUCCAUGACGAGAGCACACAGGUCCAGCUACAACUUCUAACUGCCAUUGUGAAGCUGUUUUUAAAAAAACCAACAGAAACACAGGAGCUGGUGCAGCAAGUACUUAGUUUAGCUACACAGGAUUCUGAUAACCCUGACUUAAGAGAUCGUGGCUACAUCUACUGGCGACUGUUGUCAACUGACCCAGUUGCUGCCAAAGAGGUGGUGCUGGCAGAAAAGCCUCUGAUCUCUGAGGAAACUGACCUAAUCGAGCCCACAUUACUGGAGGAACUUAUCUGUUACAUUGGUACACUAGCUUCUGUGUACCACAAGCCUCCAAGUGCUUUUGUGGAGGGAAGCCGUGGUGUUGUGCCCAAAAGAUUGCCACCGCGGGCAGGCUCUAGUGAGAGCGCAGAGAGUCCAGAAGUGGCACCUGCAGGGCAGCAGCAAGUGGAUACACACCCUGCAGUCAUUCCUUCCCAAGGUGAUCUUCUUGGAGAUCUUCUAAACCUGGAUUUAGCCCCUCCUAUCAGUGGACCCACCCUAACUACAAGCUCUGUGCCCCUGGGCAGUGUGGAUCUCCUGGGUGGAGGUCUGGACAGCCUGAUUGUGGAAGACACGGAAGGGCUGGGAGGAGGAGAUACAGGUCCAAAUCUCACACUACCAACAGGAUUCAUGGCUCCUCCAGUGGCACCGGGUUCCCUUGGUGCACCCCUUUCUGGAGGACUUAGCGACCUAUUUGAUUUGGGAACUGGAACAGGAGCUGUUUUAGGUGCUUAUGUGGCUCCAAAAUCAGUAUGGCUGCAUGCCAUGAAAGGUAAAGGCCUGGAGAUAAGUGGUACUUUUGCCCGCAGAUCUGGUGCUGUAUUUAUGGAUCUAGUUUUUACUAAUCGUGCCCUUCAGGUCAUGAGUGAUUUCGCUAUACAAUUUAAUCGUAAUAGUUUUGGGCUGGCACCCGCUGCUCCACUUCAGAUUCUUACACCUUUGGCCCCCAAUCAGUCUACUGAGGUGUCCCUACCAUUAAAUACAGUUGGAUCUGUAAUGAAAAUGGAUCCUCUUAAUAACUUGCAGGUGGCAGUAAAGAACAACAUUGAUGUGUUUUACUUCAGUGUAGUAUAUCCUCUGCACAUUCUGUUUGUGGAAGAUGGGAAAAUGGAGAGGCAGAUGUUUUUGGCCACAUGGAAGGACAUUCCCAAUGAGAAUGAGGCACAGUUUCAGAUUAGAGAGUGUCCCCCAAAUCCUGAUUCUGUAAGUAAUAAACUGCAGGCCAGCAAUGUGUUCACAGUGGCCCGGCGUACAGUGGACGGUCAGGACAUGCUGUACCAGUCCAUCAAACUCACAAAUGGUAUAUGGGUGCUGGCAGAGCUAAGGCUUCAGCCUGGAAGCCCCAGCAGUGCCCUGUCUCUAAAGUGCCGGGCACCUGAGGUAUCUUCAUUCGUCUUCCAAGCCGUUGAAGCCAUCUUGAAGAACUGAGCUUUGAGCUUCACUCCAUGCCAGCUUUUUGACGAUCACCAUCCUUCCUGCAUUGAGGCAGGACAUAAGAAUGCCGUGUGUGCAUGUUUCUGCUCCUUUUCUAAUCUGCAAAGUAUGGACCAAAUGAUGAAAAUUGAUUUUAUGCUCCUACUCCCAAGCCUCCUUUUUAAACCCUUUGUUCCCACAUGAACAGCAGAGGGGUUAAACUGUUUCCUACUCUCAUGAGUAUGUUGGUGGCUCUCACCCCUUUUUAUGGUAGAUUCUGUAUUAUCUCUGUAAGAGGUAGGUUCUGUUGGACCCUAUUAACUUAAAAAAAAAAU